CACGAGUACAAUCUCACGCAUAACGCUUCGCUGGUAAAAUGGCCUGGCGUGGUGCAGGAUCCUUCUCUCGCUAUUCUGCCGCCAGAGCUUCUUCGCUCCGCAACCCUCAGCCGCUGCCUCGCCUCCGUCCCCCGACUUCCUCUUCUACCCGCUUCCAGUCCCGCCGCUUCUCCUUCGCCCCUUCCAGGAAUUCUGGAGUAUUGGGAUGUGUCCAAUCAUUCUUGCCUCUGCAUAGCGUGGUUCCCACAGCCCGUCUCACGUCCCACCUGACCGUUAACGCCCGUGCUUGUUGCGAGCUGUCUCAUGUUAAUGAGAAGGAAUUGGGAUUGGGAUUUAUGGGGAGGAAUGGAAAAGAUGGGCGAUGCAUGAGGACUUUCAAUCAGCUAAAGGGGAGACAAUGAUACAACAUUGUACUUGAAAGGCCAUGGAUUAGCACAGCUGAGUGCAACUACCGAUUGAGGGAGUCAGAGGUUAGUUUGUCCUGUGGGGAGUCAGAG